AUGAAGUACAUCGCUGCUUACAUGCUCCUUGCCCUUGCUGGCAACGAGUCUCCCUCCGCUGCCGACAUCAAGGAGGUCCUCUCCUCCGUCGGCAUUGACGCUGACAACGAGCGUGUUGAGAAGCUCCUCGCUGAGCUCCAGGGCAAGAACCUCCAGGAGUUGAUCGCUGAGGGUUCCUCCAAGCUCGCUUCCGUUCCCUCCGGUGGUGCCGGUGCCGCUGCUGCUGCCCCCGCCGCUGGUGGUGCCGCCGCUGAGGCCGCCCCCGCUGCCGCCAAGGAGGAGGAGAAGGAGGAGUCCGAUGAUGACAUGGGAUUCGGUCUCUUCGACUAA